AUGCGUUUCUUCAGCUCAUUGUCGGUGGGUGUUGCUCUGGUCGGUGCUGUGACUGGCCUGGUGACCCCAUACACCAACACUUCCACGGGUCUUGGGGACUUUCCUUCACUCAUCAAUGUCACGACUGAAGACCUCGCCACCGGACUUGAGGCUGGUCGUUUCACCAGUGUCGACCUGGUCAAGGCAUACUCUGCCAGAAUCAUGGAAGUCAACAGUACUUUGCAUAUGGUGACUGAGAUCAACCCUGAUGCUCUGGCCAUUGCUGCAGAGCUGGAUGCCAUGCGAGCAAAUGGCACAAUUUUGGGACCGCUCCAUGGACUGCCAAUCCUCAUCAAGAACAACAUCGCUACUGCCGAUCAGAUGAACAACACAGCUGGAUCUUUUGCCCUGCUCGGUGCAAAGGUUCCUAUUGACUCUACAUUGGCUACUAAGCUGAGAAAAGCUGGCGCCAUCAUCCUCGGCAAGACCAACCUUUCGCAAUGGGCCAACUUCCGCUCAAACAACUCUACCAACGGAUGGUCUGCAUAUGGCGGCCAAACAGAGGCUGCUUACUAUCCUCACCAAGAUCCCAGUGGCUCUUCCAGUGGCUCUGGUGUUUCCUCCUCUAUCGGUCUUGCUCUUUCCGCUCUUGGCUCUGAGACCUCUGGAUCCAUCCUUUCUCCCUCAGACGUCAACAACCUUGUUGGUAUAAAGCCUACCGUUGGACUUACCAGCAGAUACCUUGUCAUUCCCAUCUCCGAGCAUCAGGACACUGUCGGACCUAUGGCGAGAUCCGUAAAGGACGCCGCCUAUCUGCUUCAGGCCAUCGCCGGUGUUGACCCUAAUGAUAACUAUACUCUGGCCAUUCCUAACAACGGCAGCAUUCCCGACUAUGUUGCAGCCUGCGACUACUCCGCUCUGGCCGGGAAGCGCAUCGGAGUUGCUUGGAACGUCAUCGACAUCUAUGGCCCCAUCGACGAACCCGUCAUGACCGCCUUUAUGGAGUCCGUUGCCCUGAUCGAACGUGCCGGCGCCACCAUCGUUGACGCCAAUUUCACCGCCUUCCCCGAAUACGUCCAAGACAACAACGAAACCCUCGUUCUCAACGCAGACUUCCUCACUAACCUCGCCACCUACCUCUCGGAGCUCAGCUACAACCCUAACAACGUCACCGACCUCCAGGACGUCAGAGAUUUCACCCACAACUUCACUGCCGAAGACUGGCCCGAUCGCGAUACCGCUGUCUGGGACGACGCACUCGACAAUCAGGGCUGGAACAACACCGACCCUCGUUUCUGGGCUGCUUACCAGGCAAACCUUUACUAUGGCGGUGAAGGCGGUAUCCUCGGCGCCUUGGACCGCGAGAACGUCUCUGCUGUCCUCCUGCCUACUCAACUCUCCCCUGGCAUCCCUGCUCUAGUCGGUAGCCCUGUCAUCACCGUUCCUAUGGGCUUCUACCCUGCCGAUUGGAAUGUCACAUACAACAGAAGAAACACCUUGGUCGAGACCGGGCCCAAGGUCCCGUUCGGUUUAUCCUUCAUGGGCAGGAAGUUUGAUGAAGCUACUUUGGUUGGCCUCGCAUAUGCUUAUGAGCAGAGAACUAUGCACAGAAAUGAUGUGCAACCUUACAUCAUCCCUAACAUCGAAUUGGGAGAUUUCGUCAAAUAG